CAAAUACUUCCACAAAAGAUGUGUUUCCACAGGCAUGCCAAGCAUAUGUACAAGGUGUGAAUCUUGUUUCCACAGGCGUGGAAUUUUUACAGAGGCCAAAUGGUACUGGAUUGGUACGGGUGCAUUGGCCGGAUAUACGAUCCUUUUCAAUAUCCUUUUCACUGUGGCUCUUACCUAUAUCAAGCCAUAUGGGAAUGCUCAGCCAAGUUUAUCUGAAGAGGCAUUGCAUGAAAAAUAUACAAAUAUAACAGGAGAAAUGGAGCCAUCAUCACUUACAGAAAGGAGCACUAGCACAGAUUCCACAUCCAAAAAUUUGUGCUUCUGAGAAAGCUCAAAUUUCUGCCCAAUUGAUGGAGCACUUAAUCAGAUCUUGUCUAGGUGAUAUCCGUAAGACUCUUAUGCUUCUUCAGUUCUGGUGCCAGGGCAAGAGAGACCAUACAGGUUAGCAAAUUAUAACAAGACAAGUAUUUUGCUCUUUGUUGAGAAGGCCAGGAUUUUAGUUUAUAUUGCUACUGUAUAUAUUUUGCUGCCUUGAAGCUGUGUUUGUUUACUGUAUUUUCUUGUGUACGCAGAUUGAUCCUCUGAUGAGAGGAUCAGCUUAUAAAUUUCAUGUUAUCUCAUGCCAUGAACUGUCUUAUUGCUUGGUUCUGGAAUCCCAUUGUCUACUUUUCACUGUGAAGAUUAAACAUUAAAACCUAGUGGCAGGCAUUGUUCCUGUCAUAGAUUUUUCUGGUGACUUUAGCUAGAUGCCCCUAGAUUGCGAUAUGUUUAUUCGACUCUCACUAAUCACAGAACUAGGCCUUGGGUAUUUGUAAAUGAUUAUGAGUAAUUAAGAAGUUGAAUUGUAUCAAGUUAUGGUGUUAUAUUACCUUUCUGCAACUCUUAUCUUCUGUUUCUAAGCUUAACAAUCAUUUGUUUUCCCAGUUCACUUCUACCUAUGUCAAAUUGCAUCUACUUCUACUGAAAGUUUGUUAAUAAGUUAUAAUAUAGUGUUUAUCAUACUCUUCUAAAUAAUUAUUUAGUGAUUUCUACUCUUUCUAUCCUUCAGACUGGAAAAUGCAAUUCACCACAUACAGCCCCCUCCCAUUUGAUA